ACGAUAGUGAAUUUAUUUGUUAUAAUAUAUGUUCAAGUACAAUUGUACGAAUAAGAAGGAAAUUGUUUUUCUAAGUAGUGUAAAGAAAGUAUAUUGGCUAAUUAUAAAACACAAGUGCGUACCGUCUGUGUAUGAUGGAUUAUUUAAAUGAAAGUAUUAGCCCUAUAGUAAUAGUCUCAAAAGCUUUGCAAGUAUUACUAUCCGGCCACUGCUAUAAAAGCAAGAGCGGAACACAGUUCAAUAAUUUGGUGCAAGAUGUUGCUACAGAAAGGUCUCGUAUUUGUUUCAUGUCUGAUAGUUUUAACAGCUAGUGCAGCUGUUAAGACUCCAACCGGAGCAGCAUGGGCGAACUACGCUUCCAAACCAGUUUACUCAAGAGCUAUCGGGCCACCAAUAUCUGGAAUGAACACUAUUACAGUCCCAUAUAUGCCAAAAUCACCACUAUUUCCAAAAUUUGUUGAUCCCAAAACGAUGAUCUCAAAGAAGACAGAUUUAUUGUCCAAUUUAUUCGGAGGAUUGGGGCCUGCUUACCCUAUGGGUUUCAAACCAUUCAUGCCAUACGCUGCAAGUGGAUCAACUCUGUACAGUGCAGCGGACGAAGCACAGUUAUUAGACAGUUUAAGCAAAAGUAACAUGGAAGAUGGUAGCAUUGCGUACAAGCGUGGAAUUUUUGGGCCUUUCAGUUCUAAACCUUUUGGUCCUAUGAGUCCCAAGUUUGGACCAAUGGGUCCUAUGUCUCAGUACUCAGAUUUCAGUGGAGUGCCCGACUACAGUACGAAAGGUGAUUUUUCCCGGAAAAGAAGAAGCACGGACGAGUCUCCUUUAACAAAGCUUCGAUCGAUUAUGGACGGAGGCAAACCAGAAACAAAGGAUCUGGGACCACCACCUCCUUAUCCUACCCUUGCUCCGAUUUCUGAAGAAUCAGAGGAUGAAGUUAAUUUGUUGCUCCAGAAAAUGGGAACUGCUACCGCGCCAAAACAAUAUUUGCCAGGGAUGUUCUCACCGUUUGGACCGAUGGUAGAUCCAUCAAUGUUCAUAGCGAAAAAAUCUACUUUCUUGGAUACCUUGUUUAAAAAUCUUGCUACCAGUACUCCAUCACCGAUACCGACAGAGGCUUCAACGACUAAAAGUACCAUUGUGGCACCUGACUUUUGGUUUCCAUCAUCGAUGAUUCCCAGUCCGGGCGAGUACAGUGGAAAGGUAGACGAUUUUCUGGACAAACUAUUUGACAGUUUGAAGCUCAACAAGACUAUGAUCAAGAGUGAGAGCGAGAGUGCUAAAAGUGGUAUGGCGAGGUCUGUCGAGUCCGACGAAGGUGCUACAGAAGCAAAGAUCGUAAGAUCCGUUGACGAUCUAUCAUCGAUCAGCGCCGCCAAAGACACGAUUGUUAGCAGUAUAUUGUCCGAACUGGGUGACUUGAAGAGUAACAUGGUUACAACGAUGAACGAUUUAGUUGCGUACGAGAAGUCUACGUCAGCGAUGUCGCCGAAAAAGUCUUUCAAACCGUUUGCGCCAGGUAUGUGGCCAAAACCGACCGUCGACGGAACGCUUCCUUUUCAACAAAAGAUGGCAAUUCUGAGUCAGGUGUUCGACAUGCUGUCGGAGCUGCAGAAAAAUAUUACUGUGGCGGUCCAGAGUGCGAUAAAAGCUAAAAUGGCAUCUGCUGUUACCUCUGAGGGAACGAUGAACGCUAACUAUCCGUUAACGACUAACGAUUUCCUUUCUGCUACUGGCGGUAUGCCCAUGGAUAUGAGUUUUCUGGAUGCUGUUAAAAGCAAAUUGGGCACACUAGACUAUGACACGCCAGUUUCUUAUGGAUCGAGUCCCAAUAAAUUUGGACCAAAGAUGGCUCGAACAUUGCAAAAGUCUCCAGCGUCAUUUUGGGUGUCCUAUCCUGGAGACUCAACUGCCGCGGGUAAACGACAAGUUGACAGUGACUCCGAGCCACUGAUAAACGAAGAAAGCAAUACUGAUCAAAAGCAAGAAACGCGCGGCGUUAAGAUGCAAAUGCAUCAGGGAUAUCAGAGUCUACCAGCUGGUUCUAUAGAGUCCGUACAGGCUGGAGGAGGUUCCACGCCUGAACACCAAGGCGGAGGAAUCAAAUUAUUUAUACAAAUGCCUGUACUGCCUAAUGUGCAAGAUACCAACGAUGGGGCCAUGAACGAUUGGGCGGACUGGAUGCAAUAUUGGAGAAACGACUACCAAGGACACAGGCAUCACAAUCGUCAUUAGGUUAUUGACUCAGCAGGAAUACUUCCGUCGCUUGUAAUUACAAACUUUUGUUUUCUAAACUGACCACGUUCGUAUACGAUACGUAAAGUGUACGGUUGAUAAUUUCUUUCAAUAAAGUGUGUUUCGCAAAAUACGUAGAUA